CGCGUAGUGAUAUUUUAGUUAAAAAUGUCUGUUAACGAUGAAUCCAUGGAGAUACUACGAGAAGCAGACUGCCUGGAGAUAUCCAAUUCUUUAGAUGAUAGUUUAGAUGGAAGGAUGCUGAGCCCCAGGGUUAGGUUGGAUAUCAUCAACAACUCAGGGUUAGAUCCAAUGCAGACGGAGAAGGAUGAAUCCAACUGUGUCAAGUUUAUUCCUGACACACCCACCAGUUCUUUGCCUAACCAGUACAGGAGAAUUCUUUCAACUCCACAUCCCGCUGGUCUCCCUUUAUCCGGGUACAGUCCUAGUUCCUGUGAACCUGUGUCUCCAGUCCCACUUGGAGCUCUGUACACAGAUACACCGGAGCUUAACCUGCAACACAGUCUCUCCUCUUUACUGGAUAUCAGUAUGGAUAGUAGUGAGGGAGAGGAUGAUCUUCAGAAUGAAAGCUCAGAAACCUAUUCGUAUGCUCCGACACCUUUCAACACGCCAGCAAGUGGGUCACAGGAUCUUCAUGAGAAUGGAGGGCGGAUACUGAAGAGAAGGAUGAUGACUAGUCCUCUGCUGAACAUGGCAAAAUAUAAACUCCGACAACACAACCCGGAGAUAUUUAACCCCAGUUCAUCCUCUGCACCAGCUACAGGGCCUGAAAACAAGGAUUUGGUAGAGCUGGUUCCAGGGUUGGAUAUCAGUGAUAUCCCUGGGGAAAGAAAGAUACUAGAGCAAACCGUUCGGUACAUCACGUUCCUCAGGGGCAAGCUUGGUGAAAAUGUGGAGAAACUAGACCAGGAGUUCUUUUCCUUGACUCAGAUGUAAACCGUUUGCUCGGAGAACAUAUCUCAAAAUGUUAUAUUUAAUCACAUACUUUAUAUAUAUUCAAACAUUCUUUUUGA